AUGUCUCCGUGUGCGAUGUUGUUGAAGCGCGUGGCUAGGCCUCAGGCCGCCAUGAUGUGCAGAACCGUUCGGCCUCGGUGGACUCCGUCGUUCGGCGCCCCAAGCAGAACAAUUCACCACCCUUUGCGAUCGGUCUCUAAACCCCUUUCUUCUCGCUCGCUGAGCACGACGGCCGGCUUCCACUCACAGCAAGAGAAUGCCUCCUCAAUUUCUUUCUCCGAGAUUCCGACCGAGAAGCGGACUCCGCAAACAUUGACGGAGAAGAUUGUACAACGCUAUGCCGUCGGUCUUCCCGAAGGAAAGCUCGUCCGGAGCGGCGAUUAUAUCAGUCUGGCACCCGGAUACUGCAUGACCCACGACAAUUCGUGGCCCGUCGCCCUCAAGUUCAUGUCUAUGGGAGCUACGAAGGUCAACAACCCGAAGCAGAUUGUCAUGACCCUCGACCACGACGUUCAAAACACCAGCGCAGCGAACCUUAAGAAAUACGAGCAGAUCGAGAAUUUUGCUAAGCAGCAAGGUAUUGACUUCUAUCCUGCUGGCCGGGGUAUUGGGCACCAGAUCAUGGUGGAAGAAGGAUACGCGUGGCCAGGCAGCAUGGCAGUAGCAUCAGACAGCCACAGUAACCAUUAUGGUGGAGUUGGUUGUCUUGGAACUGCCGUUGUGCGUACCGAUGCUGCUAGUAUUUGGGCGACAUCGCGGACAUGGUGGCAGAUUCCCCCGGUUGCGCGGGUAACUUUCACCGGAACCCUACCAGUAGGCGUGACCGGUAAGGAUGUGAUUGUCGCAUUGUGUGGCCUCUUCAAUAGUGACGUGCUGAAUCACGCAAUUGAGUUCACCGGAUCUGAAGAGACCAUGGCAAGCCUUCUCGUGGAUAGUCGCCUGACGAUUGCCAAUAUGACCACUGAGUGGGGCGCGCUCACCGGUCUCUUCCCAAUUGACAAUACCCUGAAACGCUGGCUACGAUACAAGGCUACUGAGGCUGCGAUGUCUGACGACCGCACAACCCGCGAGCGCAUCACUCACGAAAGAAUCGACGAGCUGUUCGCCAACCCCCUCACAGCCGACCCCGAUGCUAUUUACGCCAAGCAGCUCUACCUCAAUCUCUCCUCACUCUCGCCUUAUGUCUCAGGUCCUAAUUCAGUCAAGGUCGCGACGCCACUCAACGAGCUCGCUCAACAGGACAUCAAAGUUAACCGUGCAUAUAUCGUCUCCUGUACCAACUCCCGUGCUUCGGAUCUCGCGGCGGCCGCUAAGGUCUUCAAGGACGCCGCUAAGGCCAACCCCGGCACAACUCCUAAGAUUGCCGAUGGCGUCAAACUCUACAUCGCGGCUGCUUCCGUUCCCGAACAAGAGGGUGCCGAAUCCACUGGCGACUGGCAGGCCCUUCUCGACGCCGGUGCCGAGGCCCUUCCUGCUGGAUGCGGACCUUGCAUUGGUCUCGGAACAGGCCUUCUAGAGCCAGGUGAGGUCGGCAUUAGUGCCAGUAACCGUAACUUCAAGGGUCGCAUGGGGUCAAGAGACGCGCUGGCCUACCUAGCAAGUCCCGAGGUCGUGGCUGCUAGCGCUCUCAGCGGUGUUAUCUCUGGCCCUGGCUCCUACCAGGUGCCAGAGGGCUGGUCUGGCGUGGAACAUGGAUUCGGCACCGGUCUCCCGCCCACCCCUGAGUCUGAGCUCACUAGCCUCCUACAACAGAUGGAAUCUCUGAUCGAUCGCGUUGAGUCCGCCGGAGACGAAUCCAAGCCUGCCACCGAGAUUCUGCCCGGCUUUCCCGAACGCAUCAGCGGUGAGAUCGUCUUCCUCGACGCUGACAACCUCGACACUGAUAGCAUCUACCCCGGUAAAUUGACAUACCAAGACAACGUCUCCAAGGAGGAUAUGGCCAACGCUUGCAUGCAAAACUACGAUCCCGAGUUCAAGGGUAUCGCCAAGCCAAGUGAUAUCCUCGUCGCCGGCUUCAACUUCGGCUGCGGAUCCUCAAGAGAACAGGCUGCGACUGCCAUUCUGGCGAAGGAAAUUCCCCUGGUCGUCGCUGGAAGCUUCGGCAACAUUUUCUCCCGAAACAGUAUCAACAAUGCCCUCAUGGGCCUUGAAGUCCCGCGUCUUGUUGAGCGUCUCCGUGCCACCUUCGCUCAGCCAUCCUCUGGUGAUGGCCGCCAGCCGACCCGCCGGACAGGCUGGACUUUGACUUGGGACGUGAAGCGUAGCGUCGUGGAAGUCCAGGAGGGCGAGUCCGGAGAAAGCUGGACCGAGCAGGUCGGCGAGCUGCCGGCGAAUGUACAGGAGAUCAUUGCCGAAGGUGGCCUCGAGGCGUGGGUCAAGGGAAAAGUUGCCAAGUCCGGGUGA